UCGAACCCUCUCCUCUCUCACAAACGAACUAAACCCUACCCUAAACCCUAUCAGAGAUGUAGCGACCUUCAAGCUUCAAAACGCGUGCCAAGCCCCGCCACCGACGGUGACAGCCAGCGGUUGCCGCCUUCGCCUCUCGAAGGUCUGCUCGGCCCUCAACUCAGUCGUGGACUUCUCUCAUCCCCAUCGCUCACGCUCGUUCGCUUCUCGUGGGCGUUUUACUGCUUCGUCUCCGUUCUCUUUCCUUCGUUCUCUGUUCCCGUCCUCGUCGUCUUUCUCUGAUCAUGGCUUCAAGCUCUCUCUCUCCCCUAGCUCGGUCACUGUCACCGUUGAUGGAGGAUUCUAAUGGUCUUGUACCAGCUCUGACUAACACAACAGUGUACAUCAAUGUGCAUGUGUCCGACGACUUUUAUUUUUCUCUUGGAAUUCCUCUGGUGAAAAACUUACCGCAGCUCUUCAUCUCUGUAAUACUGGCCGCAGUGAUCGCAUGUUCACUGUGGCUAGUAAUUCAGUGUGUACGUGGCCUGCUGGGUCGAUUCCGAACGUGGUGGGGUUUCUGUUCACUGUGGCCAGUAAUUCAGUGUGUACGUGGUCUGCUGGGUCGAUUCGGAACGUGGUUGGGUUCCAGAAGUUUAGUGCUGCCAGUGUUUACAAGGGAAAUUCGGUGGCCCGGACACGAAUCAACUGGCCAAGAAUCAACCCCGCCACCAUAUACCCCGCCACCAUAUGCCCCGCCACCAUACACACCUCCACCAUCUACAGCACCUACACCUUUUCGAGGUCCGGCUACAAAGCGAAAAGGAGUUGCGCUAUUCUUGAGGAUGCGAAUGGACACUUGAGAGGGUGAUUUAAAAUUUAGAAUUGAGUCAAAUGAGACAGUGGAAGAGUUUCUGAAGAGAUACUUUGGUUAUACAAAUGAUUUUGUAGGAGUUGCUGCAACUCUGGUUGUUGCUUUUGCUGUGUUCUUUGCUAUUAUCGUUGCUGUUUCUGUGAAACUCUUCAAUUUCCAAAAGAGAUAGAAUAGAAAUUAGAAUACAUGCUUUCAAGUUCAAGUCAAACAUUGUAUAAAGAAAAGAGUUGUUUAGUUUUAUAUUCAAGGAGGUACAGUUUUAACUCUUAGUACUCUCCCCCUCUACUUUAAUUUGGAAACCGAAGACUGAAAUAUUUAUAGAAAAGAAAUGUUAUUUACA